GCUGAAGUCUUUCACUUCGUGUCCACAGUCCAACCGGUGCUACCGGAAGUUCCGCCUCCGCAGCCAAUCAGAUCACCAGACUAAAGUAACGUACGGAAAUGGGGUGUGCUCAGCUCUGUGGAAAUGAGAGGGAAAACUCAGAUUCUUCAUCACGCACCCUCCCAUACCUCUCCUCUCCGGUUUGGCCCUUUAAAAGCUGCUGCCAGUGCUAUCUUUCAGCCUCAUUAUCACCAUUUCUUGGCUGGGACAAAUUGCUAUCCGCUGUUUGAAGCUCAGUGGAAAUAAACAACGAAGCUUCCGAGGUCCUCGGAGAAAACAAGCGUCAACAAAUCAAGGCCCUGGACAACUUUCAAGUGUGAGAUGCUUCUGUGUGUGAAUGUGCUGGUGCUGCUUGUCCUGCAGCCACUUCUUUCCAGCCCAAGGCCACUAACUGCACCGUCCAAAGGAUGUGCCAGCUGCAAAGGAAAGUCUUCCCCAAUGCAUAUGCCAGGAGAUUUAAAUGUCACCGUUCUGACCAUUGGAGAGCCAUGUGGGGUCUACACACUGAGCUGUGCCAGCGGUCUGCGUUGUGCACCUGCAUCAAGUGACCUGCGGCCCCUCCGCACCCUGCUGGAGGGCAGGGGCGUCUGCAGCAACGUCAGUGUCAUCAGCUGGACGGAAAAGAGCCAGACUGCAGAUCCCGCACCUACCGAGAAUCCGGCGGAGGCCCCAUGUCGAAAGCUGCUAACCACACUUAUCAGAGGCCUUGAUGCCCAUUUAUUCAAGUCCCAUCAUGAUAUCUACAUGCCUAACUGUGAUAAACGUGGCUUCUUCAGAAAGAAGCAGUGUUGGUCCUCUCGAGGUAAACAACGCGGUCGCUGCUGGUGCGUGGAUGAGAAUGGCAUGCCGGUGACGUCACAAAAACAUAAAGGCUUGACUUGUUGAAGAAUGUCAAUGUUGGAUUAAAGAAAGGACAAAAGUUUGGCGGCCAUCAUGGGGUGAAAAAGGACCUCUUUCUUCCCGGACUUUGGAAUUCCACGUCUGGUGUCAGAUGUAACUUUGACUAUUGGCGCCCUCUAGAGAACACAUAGUGAACUGUUUUGAUCAGACACGUCUGCAUAAGACCUUAGGACUUAGGUACACUGGCUCAAACGACUACCAUCUAAUGUAAGAGUUCUAUCAAACGUUGAGCUUUGACUGACACUUUCAGAGAGGUAUCACUUCAACAGUAUUUAUUACAGCGUACGUAGUUUACAGUGCACUGCACUUCACCACAAUUAGAGGAAUUCCUAUUUGCAAAAUUUCCAAAGGAAAACCUUCCAUAGAAAUUUCUUGCAUGUCUCCUUAUGACAAAAUAACGAAGUUGUUAUGUUACAGUUUGCCUCAAAAGUUUUCAUCUAAAUAGUUUUAAAACGCCAUUCAAAAUACACAAUCUAUCAUUUCUUAAAAAUUUCACGUCGAGCAGUUCCCCACAAUUGUAUUUUGUUAGAAACACACGCACAGACCCAACACACGCGCGCACACACACACACACACACACACACACACACACACACGCACACACACGCACGCUCGUGCUCGUUAAAGAACUCUUAUGGUGUUAUGUAAUUGUACCAAUGUGGUGUGUGUUUGUAUCUCCUGCCAAUUGUUCUACAUGAACAUACCCUGUUUGUCAUUUACCAAGUAUGUACAUAAAUGUACAUGUAGUAAAUUGCUUUCUCUGUC